UUCGGAGCAAGAGUUCCGGUUUCCAGACCAUGAUGGAGACCCCGAGCUGCUCUGGUGGAAGCCAGACCCAAGGCCAAUGGUUCGGUGGCGUUGCAAUUGUUGCGAGGGGAUAGAGCCGAGGAUUUACAAGCGGAGGCCAGGGCCACGGCACGCGCCGCCAAUGCUUCCGUCUAUAGCCCCGAACUUCUGGCACGCAAGUACGGGUCACGCCCGAUCCAGGUAUUGCAUAGGACUCUGGAAAUUGUGGUAGCCCUAGGUUCGUUUGCUUUUAAACUCUUGCUCGAUCGAAGGUACGGGAUGUUGGAUCAAUAUAAGAGAAAGCGAGCUGCUGAACUGAGGAGGAUUUUUACUAGAUAUCCUUGUUCCAGAUAUCUUUUGGGAUUAUACUAGUGGAAAAGUGUUGACGAUGGAGUGGGUUGAUGGAGUUAAACUAACUGAGCAAGAUGCCAUUGAGAGACAGGGUCUGAAGGUGUUGGAUCUGGUGAAUACAGGAAUUCAGUGUAGCCUUAGGCAGCUACUUGAGUAUGGAUAUUUUCAUGCAGAUCCUCAUCCUGGCAAUCUUUUGGCAACACCUGAUGGAAAAACUUGCUUUUCUUGAUUUUGGAAUGAUGAGUGAAACCCCAGAAGAAGCAAGAUCUGCUAUCAUUGGUCAUGUUGUUCACAUGGUCAAUCGAGAUUAUGAAGCAAUGGCCCGUGAUUACUAUGCUUUAGAUUUCUUAUCACCAGAUGUGGAUGUUUCUCCAAUUGUUCCAGCACUUCGGGAUUUCUUUGAUGAUGUACUUAACUACACCGUCAGUGAACUAAACUUCAAAAGAUUAGUAGAUGGUCUGGGUGCUGUUUUAUAUCAGUACCCAUUUAAUGUCCCUGCAUAUUAUGCUCUGAUAUUGAGGUCACUCACUGUUUUGGAAGGAUUAGCCCUUUAUGCUGAUCCUAAUUUUAAGGUGCUAGCUGCUUCAUAUCCAUAUUUUGCAAAAAGACUCCUCACAGAUCCAAAUCCAUAUCUCAGGGAUGCUCUUAUUGAGUUGCUUUUCAAGGAUGGGAGGUUUAGGCAUGUAUUGCUAAUCCUUGUGCAUUUGCUGCUUGGCUGUGCAUAUAUUUUGAUGCCAUGGACCUGCUUGAUAGUCUUAAUUUUAAUCUAGUGCAGGUGGAAUAGACUUGAAAACCUUCUUGUUCAGGGAAGAAAGGACAGAGAUUUUUCUGCAAAAGAUGCUCUCCAACCUGUUCUGAAGCUUUUACUGGCUCCAGAUGGUGAAGAGCUCAGGACUUUAGUAAUUAAGGAGGCUGUCCGUGUAACUGAGGCUAUUAUGCUAGGCUCACUUAUUGAUACAUACAAGUCUUUGCCUGAAUUUGUGCGUGCUCUAAUACCCAAUGGCAAUACUAGCAGACCUCUUGUACUGAGUGACACUGAAUUGGGAAGCAUGUUAGAACUUCGCGACCAGGUCUGCAGGAUCUGGGUUCUUCUACGUUCCUCUGAAAACUUUGAUCCAGCCCUUUUGCAGCCUAUAUUGCAGGUCCUUCAACAACCCUAAGCACGUAAUCUAGGAGGCCGUGUUGUUGGUGGCAUCAGUCAGCGUUUAGCAGCACGGUUACUGCAACAAGUUCUUCGAACUCCAACAACAAUUUCCACAUCGAUUUCUUGAGUCAUGAGUAUUGGAGUUCCAACGGGUUAUGAAUGUUUCAAAUGCUCUUAAUUUUUUCUGCAAAUCUUUCCUCUGUUAGGUUUUUUUGGCAGGGAAGGAAUUGUGAAAAAUAAAAAUAUCUAAGAUAC